AUGAUUAAGUCCCUCUGUUGGAAUAUAAGAGGCAUCACUUCAAAUGGUGCCUUCGACAGACUUAAACAACUCAAAAGACAAUAUAAUCUUGGCUUUAUUGCUGUCCAAGAACCUUUUAGCAGAAUGGAUAAGCUUGAAAAAUUUAGAAGAAGGAUGGGCUUCCAUUUUAGCUAUGCAAACUCCUCCAAUAAGAUAUGGCUCUUCUGUGAGGAGGAGUACAACUGCACUAUUAUUGUGGAUCAUGAGCAACACCUCACCUGCCAGAUUAAGUAUGAUGAUGUAGUUAUCACAAUUACCAUUGUAUAUGCCAAAUGUGAUGUUCAACUUAGAGAGCAACUUUGGAAUGAAUUAAGGUCGAUUUCCAGUAACCAGACAGGCCCUUGGAUGGUGAUGGGAGAUUUCAAUUGUAUUCUGGAUCCUAGUGAGAAGAGAGGCGGGAUACAACAUAACAUGAAAGAAAGCUUGCCUCUACUUGAAUGUAUCUGUGACAGUGAUCUCAUUGAUAUGGGAUAUAGUGGUUCUACCUUCACCUGGUGCAAUGGUUGGGCCCCCGACAAGAGAAUCUGGAAGAGACUUGAUAGGGUGCUUGCCAAUCAAGAAUGGAUUGACCAAUGUAAUGGCACCACUAUCACUCACCUAGUGAGAACUGGGUCUGACCAUGCACCAAUGCUUAUCACUGCUUCCAACAAUAUAAUUAACCCAAAGAAAUAUUUUAAAUUCCUAAACCUGUGGACCAAAGAUGAUACCUUCAUGGAUGUUGUGCAACAAGCUUGGCAAGAGGACUUUUCUGGAUCGCCGAUGUGGAAAUUCCACUUGAAAUUGAAGAAUACUUGCAGUAAACUUUCUUGGUGGUCUAGAAACUGCUUGGGUGACAUAUUUGAAAACACAAAGACCAUGGAAAAGAAAGUGGCUGAUUUAGAGAAGAUAUGCAUUGUCAACACUACUGAUGUCAGCAGAAUGCAUCUCAAUGAAGCUAAUGCCUUACUUAUCAGACACAACAAGCAAGAGGAAGAAUUCUGGAGACAAAAGGCUGGAACUAAAUGGUUUGAGGAAGGUGACCUCAAUACUAAGUUCUUCCACUCAGUGAUCAAAUCCAGAAGAAGGAGGCUCAUGCUCAACAAAAUCAAGAAGGAGGAUGGGAGCUGGCUAGACAAUCCGAAUGAAAUUAUCGAUGAAUCAAUUCAAUUCUUUCAAAAAUAG